AUGGGACCGUCGUCCUCCUCUCGCUCUUGCCUCCUGCCGUGUCCAUGCCGCUCCAAACAACCGAGAACUAUCACCAUGGUGCAAUCUUCCAACUAUCGCCGAACCAGCCGCCGCGCCAGGAGGAUAUCCUUCCUUCCAUUUCAGGAGGAAGAAUGCAUGAGUGAAUUGAUUUGCGUCGUAAACAAGACAGAUUCCGAGAAAAGCAUUGCAACGACGAAUGCGGACUCUCAAGAGUGUACGGAGGGAUCGCGGUCGUCGGGUAAGGAGUCACGGUCCUCGGAUAGGGAGUCGGGUAAGGAGUCGCGGUCCUCGGACAAAGAAUCGCUGUCCUCGGAUAAGCAGUCGCGGCGCACAUACGUGCUAGCAGCCGACAGCGGGAGUGACUCAGCCUCCCCCUCCCCUUCUCCCUCACCCACCCGCGUCCAUCCCGCCCUCCUCUACGAUGCCAUCUCUCUCAAGAGCACGUCCAACGUUAGCCAGUACCAGAAAUUCACUAUUGACGCCGCGGAGCCCAUUCAAGAAGAAGGGUUCGCAGACGCGAACGACGAGCUGCCCGAGUGCCAAGCUGUCGACGAUGACCCGAACACCGCGCAACUACUUAUAGAAUACUCAUUGCACGCCCAGGAGACCUGCACUCAGACGAGCAAAACUAUACUCGAACUAGCUCAGACAAAUUCAUGCGUAAAAUAUUAUACUGACAGUAAUGCCAUUGAAACACAAACCUCCCGCGUAUCCAUUGUCGAGAACAAAACUAUAGAAUACAGGAUAGAAGUAACGGGGUCGCAGACGCGAUUCACGAGAAAUGAAAUUCCCUCGAGAGUGAGCGGCCGCGCCGGCGGCGGCGUCCGGCGACCGCUCGCCGGCCCCUGCCCCUCGCGAAGCGGCUCCGACGAUUCCGGCACACUGAGGAUAAUCGACGACGAAUCAGAAACUAAAUCCACAGAGGAAACCGAACCUUCCGAUCUUAGUGACAAUAAUACCUCUAAAUACGAUACGGACUUCACUGAUUCACUCGAAGGCGACCGCACUCGGCACGAUGACAACAGCGACGGGAGCGUCCCGAAAUCCGUGGACCGAGACGUCGAGGAGCUGUACACAAAUCUAGAGAAAAGUUUCGAUUUACGUUCGUUUGACAGGCCUCAGGUGGAAACUCCUCGGUACGCCGCUCUGUCCACUUUGUCUGAAGAAACGAUGAAGGAGAGCUCGGUGUCACGGCGAAACAGUACAAGAACGCAACCGAAAGAAAGCCCACAAAGAAACAGUGUCACAACGUCUGAGCUGAGGACGAUCCAGCCGUCCGCAGAGGGUGAGAGUAAAGAGCAAUGGAGACUGCCUCCCAUCGGCCAGUUGGAACGCGGCGGCAGCCCGCGGCGGCGGCCCUACAGCCCCGGCGUCCGCGCGCCGCCCGCGCGCGCUUCGCGCGACCACGCUAGCGCCGACACCGUCAGCUACCUGGCAGCCGGAGAACACGCCAAUCUUGCUACCAGGAUUGGUAAGAUAUUCAAUUUUGUCCCUAUUCCACAGUAUUUGGGACAAUUCCGCGGGGACGGCGCGCCCGCGCCCGCGCCCGCGCCCGCGCCCGCGCCCGCCCGCUCGCCGCGUGCAUGCUCGCCCGACACCAUCAGCAUAGGCGGCAAGAUCCAGCAGCUCAAAAUGCCACCAGCUGACAAAAAGCAUCUGCUCCACCAGUUCUCGAGCACCUCGAGUCCGUACAGCCGCAGCUCGUCGCCGGGCAGCGCUCACUCGCGCUGGGCGGCGGGCGCGGCGGGCGCGGCGGGCGCCGACGUGGCGGCGCGAGGCUGCGACGCGCUGUGCGCCGACGUCAUCGCGCGCCUGCGGCAAGCCUGCAGCAGUUGCGCGCGGAUGACAUUCGAACAACACGUGAGCCGGUACGAGAGCAGCGACAGCUGCGGCGCCAAGUGGGCGGCGGCGGUGGAGGUGAUGGAGGACAUCCCGCGGCUGUUCCGCGGCUUCUGGCCCGCCGUGCCCGAGCACCGCUUCGCCGACCUGCUGCGACUGGUGACGGCACAAGUGGAGUCUCCGCGAACGCGCGUGGCGCGCGCCGCGUGCGCCGCGCUGGCCGCGCUGCUCAGCCACACCGGCUACACCAAGAGACCUGAUUUCGACGAGGCGUUGGCGGCGCUGCUGGGCAAGACGGGCAGCAUGGCGUCGGCGCUGCGCCGCGCCGCCAACCUCGCGCUCGACCAGAUAGUCGCCGCCGCCGCCACCGCGCCCGCGGUCACCUCGCUCUGCCUCUACGGUGCCGAUCACAAGAGCGGGCUAGUGCGGUGCGCGGCGGCGCGGCUGCUGGUGGUGGCGGCGGCGCUGGCGGCGGGCGGGCGCGGGCUGCUGCGCGCGCGGCCGCGCUCCGCCGCCGACGCGCGCCGGCUCGUGCUGCGCUCGCUGGCGGCGCUGCUGGACGACCGCAGCCAGGACACGAGAAAGUACGCGGAGCGCCUGUACGCGCUGCUGCGGCCGCUGCCGGGCUUCGAGGCGUUCUUCCUGGCGGACGUGGACGCGCGCUCCGCCUGCCGCCUCAUGAAGAAGCUGGACCCGCUGCUGGCCGCCGCCGCGCCGUGUCGGUGACCUCCCCCCCCCCUC